GUUGACGUCAAGCUCCGGACUGGACGCUCCAUUGGAGCAGCACAGAACCGCCACGCUUUCUGUUUUGUAGCACGGCUUCGUUAAAUCUCCUUCUGGUCUAAGGCGGUCGGUUCCGUGAUGCUCUUCCAGUGGACAGCUAUCCAGGCAGGGCAGUUCCGCCUGUUGGAGCGAAGAGCACCGUUACCGUGGGGCGAACCGUCAUACGUGCUGAGGACGUUCGCCGUCGGCUCCGCACCUUCAUACGCGGCGAUAGUGUACAAGCAUGGACUCGGUCAGAAAACGGAAUCCGUGGUCCUGAAUGGCAGAAGCUUUAGCGUUGAAAAGGCCGCGCUCGACGCGCUGAUGCAAGUAGAACGACGCGAGGAUUAUCAGCAUCUCUGGAUCGACUGUCUUUGCAUACACCAGUCUGACGACCUGGAAAGAGCCCAUCAGGAACAGAUGAUGGAUCAAAUAUUCCGCGGUGCAGAUGCCGUGCUGGCUUGCGUAUCUGAAGACGCACCUGGAGCGAGUAAAUUCCGGGAAGCUGCAAAAAGGGAGAACGAGAAGUCAUGUUUGCAGCCGGACGAUGGAGACAGAGCAAAGGCAUUUAGAAAUUUCUUGGGCCAGUUGGGCGUCUUGAGCAAUGGAAAAUCACUUUGGGAGUGCGAUGACCUUCGCACUGAGCUCAACGUCUUCCUACACAAUGGAUCGGAACGCUACACAUGGGCACAGGUUCGAAGAAUCUUAACGAAGGAUAGUUAUCAAGAAACACAAAGCAACUCCGCGCCUCCAAGCGGGUCUGUGUUGUAAUUGGUCUUGCACCUGAAAAAGACAAACGAACAGCAUCACGUUUAGCUUGUGCGUGUACUCGACGAAGAAUUAGAGCUACUUCAAUUCAACUCUUUCCCUAUUUUCUCGUACUAACUCGGGAUCUAAACAACGCUGGAAAGAGACUUUCAAUGGUAGCUUAAACUCUGCAUG